CAUUUUACAUAGCAAUUAUGGCUCAGGAUCGUGAAAUUUUACGUAUGAUAUGGGAAGGGCAAAUAGCUAUAUGUUUCCAAGCUGAUCCAGAUGAAAUAGUUGGCUUACAACAACCAGAAAAUUUUCAUCUAAUGGUAUCUCGAUUAAGUUAUUUACCUCUUGUAACAGAUAAAGUCAAAAAGUUUUUUAGUCGAUUUAUUGCAAAUGAUCAAUCAGAUGGUGUUGUGUGGUUUGAUUAUAAUGGCAUUCCUUUGAAGCUACAUUAUCCAAUUGGUGUACUCCAUGAUUUGUUACGUGCGGAAGACGAUAACCAUCCUUGGUCUCUUACUAUACAUUUUUCUAAAUUUCCUGAAGACUCUCUUGUCAAAUUUGAUACAAAAGAUAUUUUGGAAUCAUUUUUUAUGUCUUGCCUCAAAGAAGCUGAUGUCCUGAAGCAUCGUGGUCAAGUGAUAUCUGCUAUGCAGAAAAAAGAGCACAAUCAAUUAUGGUCUGGAUUAAUAAAUGAUAAAUUCGAUCAAUUUUGGGCUGUUAACAGAAGAUUAAUGGAGCCAGGCGCAGAGCAAGACACAUUUAAACACAUUCCAAUACGCUUCUAUGAAGAGGAUUCCGCCUAUAUGCAAAAGCUUAUUUCACCCCUAACGGAAACGGGUCAAAAGAAAACUUUGCAUGAUUUAUUGAUUGAAAUAUCAACGCCUGUUCGUAAUGCGGUUGGUUUUCGUACUCAUGGUAUAGAUGUUCAUUGUGAUACGCAACUGCAGUGGAUGUCCGAGCAUUUAAGCUAUCCGGAUAAUUUCUUGCAUUUACUUGUUUUCUAUGAAAAUGUGUGAAAAAAACAAAAUUAAUAAUAAUAUUGAAUA